GGUGUAACCUGGGUGUAACACAUCACAUAUCAGCUAACUAAGCUAAAGCUAGGCUAACUAGCUGCUACAGAGUGACAUGUAGUCAACUUUACACUCAGUCUCAAUAAAGGAGCUUCCUGAGUGAUUGGGACAUGGAGUUAAGAAAUAUCAAGGACCAGUCUCCAUUGGUCCAGGCUAUAUUCAGCCGGAACGCAGAAGAAGUGACAUUUUUGUUGAACCAUAAUGAAGAUGUCAAUUCACUGGACCAAGUACAAAGCACACCCCUUCAUGCUGCUGCUUAUUUGGGUGAUGUCCACACUAUGGACCUACUUAUUACUUCAGGUGCAAAUGUCAACGCUAAGGACCAGUGUUUGCUGACUCCUUUACAUCGAGCAGCUGCCUCUCGAAAUGAAAAAGCUGUGGGGUUACUACUAAAGCACAGAGCGGAGGUCAACACACAGGACAAGUACUUGCAUACACCUUUACACAUGGCAGCUGCGAAGUGGGCCAUAGGCUGCGCUCAAGCUCUGAUACCACAUGUGUGCGGCCUGGAUGUUGCCGACAGGUCAGGAAGGACACCACUGCAUCAUGCAGCGCACAGCGGCCAUGAAGAGUUGGUGAACUUGCUCCUGAGCAAAGGUGCCAAUGUGAGUGCCAAAGAUAAGAAGGAAAGGCAGGCAAUCCACUGGGCUGCAUACAUUGGCCAUGUGGAGGUUGUGAAGCUGCUGGUGUCUCACGGUGCUGAUGUGAUGUGCAAGGACAAAUGUGGUUACACUCCGCUCCACGCUGCAGCUGCCAGUGGACAGUUAGACGUGGUCAAAUAUCUAUUGAGACUGGUGGUGGAGACUGAUGAACCUAACGUUUUUGGGAACACAGCGCUCCACAUGGCCUGUCACACGGGGCAGGACGCUGUGGCCACUGAACUGGUGAACUGUGGUGCCAACAUCAAUCAGCCCAACCACAACGGCAGCACGCCGCUGCAUCUGUCUGCCGCCUCCUCCAGCGGGGUGCUGUGUCUCGAGCUGCUAAUCAACAAUGGUGCUGAUGUCAACGUGCAGAAUAAAGAAGGAAAGAGCCCUCUGCAUAUGGCUUCUAUGCACGGGCGGUUCACGGGCUCCCAGAUUCUGAUCCAAAAUGGCGGGGAGAUUGACUGUGCUGAUAUGUUUGGAAACACGCCUCUUCAUGUUGCUGCCAGAUAUGGUCAGGAGUUGCUGGUCAGCACUCUUCUGACAAACGGUGCUGAUAAGACCAGACAGGGGAUUCAUGGGAUGCUUCCACUGCAUUUGGCGGUGCUCUACGGAUUUCCAGACUGUUGUCGAAAGUUACUGUCCAAUGGCCAUUUUUACAUCAUGCCGUCUCAAGUGCCGUCAACUGGGGAUGAUAUAAACUUCUUAGACGACCACGGAAGGACUUGCCUGCAUGCAGCUGCUUCUGGAGGAAAUGUUGACUGUCUGAACUUGCUGUUAAAUAGUGCUGCUGCUGAACUGGAUGUAAAAGAUCAUUUGGGAAGAUCUCCUUUGCACUAUGCUGCAGCUAACGGUAACAGCCAAUGCACCAUCUCCCUGGUGAGAGCCGGCGCGGAGGUCAAUGAGCUGGAUCUGACGGGUUGCAGCCCUCUGCACUACGCUGCUGCUUCACACACCUUUUGUGGAGAGGAAACGAACUCUGAGCCUGACCACAGUGAGGGAAAGGAACAAGAAGCCUCUCUGUGUUUAGACUUCUUGCUUGACAGUGGGGCGAACCCAACUCUGAAGAACAGUAACGGUUACAGUGCCGUCCACUAUGCAGCAGCUUACGGCAACAAACAGCAUCUGGAACUGCUCCUGGAGAUUUCGUUCAACUGUCUAGAAGAGGUUGAAAGUAAUAUUCCAGUCAGUCCUUUGCACUUAGCUGCGUAUUAUGGUCACCGUGAGGCACUGCGGUUGCUUUGUGAGACAUUGGUGAGUCUGGAUGUGCGGGACAUUGAAGGCAGAACUGCCCUCCACCUGGCUGCUCGGAGAGGUUUUGCCCCAUGUGUGGAGGUGCUGCUGAAGCAUCAAGCCUCUUACACACUGAAGGAGCACAAGCGCAAGUGGACGGCUCUCCAUGCUGCAGCUGCUGAGGGCCAAAUGGACUGUCUGCUUUUAUUGGUCAACGGGGAACAAAGUGCUGACAUCAUCGACAGUCCAGAUACACAGGGACAGACGGCUCUCAUGCUGGCAGCUUUGGGACGGCACACCGAUUGCGUCCACAUCCUGUUGGAGAAAGGAGCAAAGGCUGAUGCUGCAGACAAAAAGGGCUUUACUGCAUUACACAGAGCUGCCAUGUUGGGCAGUGAGGACUGUGUAUCUGCUCUGUUGGAACAUGGGGCCUCUGCUCUGUGUAGAGACUCUCAGGGAAGGACCCCGCUGCACCUUGUAGCGUCCCGCGGCCACACGGAGCUACUUCGAACUUUGCUAAAAGCUGCUACGAAAGCUGACCCUCUGGACUCCAUAUUGGACUACAGAGGCUACACUCCCGCCCACUGGGCUGCCCACCACGGGCGUGAAGGAUGUUUACACAUUUUACUUGAAAACAAUCUUUUUAGCAACCAGGAGGGAAAUCUCUUCACCGCAUUGCACUGUGCUCUAGUUAAUGGACAUGAUGUUGCUGCUGGACUUCUAGUGAAGACUGUUGGCCCUCAAAUUGUUAACGUUAGCGAUGCCAAAGGAAGGACCCCGCUGCAUGCUGCUGCUUAUUCAGGAAAUGUUGCUGGGCUCCAGCUGGUCCUGGCCCAGGGAGCUGAAGUCAAUGCUGUGGAUCAUUGUGGAUGCUCUGCUGUGAUGGUUGCUGCUGCCUGCGGGCAGACUAUGGCUGUUGAAUUCUUGCUGCACAAAGCGAAGCCAGACCUGACCCUGGUGGAUGUCAAUAAUAACACUGCCCUUCACUUAGCCUGCAUUAAGGGUCAUGAGAUGUGUGCCCUGUUGAUCCUUGGAGAGAUCAGCGACUCCUCCCUCAUAAAUGCAACAAACAGCGCUCUCCAAAUGCCCCUUCACAUUGCAGCAAGGAAAGGCCUGGCGACUGUAGUGCAGGUGUUAUUGAGCAGAGGAGCAGCAGUCAUGGCUGUAGAUGAGGAAGGCCACACGCCGGCUCUGGCCUGUGCCCCAAACAAGAACGUGGCAGACUGUCUGGCCCUGAUCCUCUCCACCAUGAAGCCUUUCUCACCGAGAGAGGCCGGCGCCGGUACAGCCUCUCACUUCAACCCCAUCCUGAAGAACUGCGGCAUUGCUGCCACCUGUGGGUCCAGCAGUAACUUGUGCCACGCCUAAGUCAAGGUGCCACACAGGUGUUUGAUGGAGUGAAAUGUCAUCACAGUGUUGCCACGAUACUGGAAUUUUUGACUUUGAUACAAUACUUGAGAUUCAAUACCAUUUUCGAAACCACAGGGAAAAAUUGACACAACAUUGAAGGCAUAAAAUCUUAGAUUUUUAUUAAACCGUCAUGUGCUUUUGCUAAAUUUGUAGUGUUGGCACCUUUUCGUUAGCACUGCUCUGUAGCAUGGCUUACAUAUUGGCUUGCAUAUGGGCUUGCUUGUAUCCUUUGCCUCAAACGCAAAGUAUUUCGAAACAGCACUCCUUCUGUUUUCUAUGUCAACUAAAACCAGUUGCAGAAGCUCUGCACUUGCCAUCUUUAAUGAGCCAACACAAUAACAAAACCUGCAAGUUAUUCUAUUCAACCGGAGCGAAUGAGGCGUGUGCGUGUGCGUGUGUGUGUGUGUGUGUGAGAACUUGCUGUUGGAGAGAAGAGAGAGUAUCGGUAGUGUGGAAAAUGAGUGUUGAAACCGUUUCAAAUAUUCUGAAUCAAUUAUGUAUCAAAAAAUCCAUCUAUCCCGGUCUAGUCCAAAGUCUCCAUGCAUAACCACGUGCACACAUAAGUUUCCAGAAACAUGUAUGGUCAUGACAUUUAUACUUGUGUCAUAUGCAGCUGAAUGCACACUAUGCUCAUGCACCAGUAGCAUCGAUUGCUUCUCUAAAGUCUAGUCUUACACAUUAGUAAUAUUAGCAGACCUCUUAGAUGAUCUUCUCUGUCACACAAGUGGAGUUCAGCACAAGUAGAGUUAUUUUAAUGAAGUACUAACCAUUAGAAAUGAGAAGAAGUUUUAACAUGCGCACGCUACACAAGGCUCUUCACUUGAACCCCAUCAGCUGUCAGUAUUGGCUUAUUUUCUCGUUAACUACCAAAGCCUGAAAUCUCCAUGUUUGUCUUCAGCUGAUACAAGUGCAAGAAGACUCGGAUGAAUAUGUGUUUGUUUUGUGUCUGCAAGCGCUGUUUUGCAUAUUAGACAUUGCUUCUUAAUAUACUUGUUUAAAAAUAUCUAACAGGUGCUUUAAACCUUUUAUGCAAUUAAUAAGACUCUAUUUUUCUAUCCUGUCCAGAGUGUAGCAGACUGUACACUGAUAUAAAUAACCUUAUUAUUCUAAUAUUAUCAUGAUUUACAUAAAUUACAUUUCAGUUUAGUAAGGUCACAAGCAUGUGUAUAGUAGUAAUAUAGUUUACCAAGUCUAGUGUAUAUAUAGUUCUUAAAAUGAAGUUAACCUUAUACUUGUAUUAUCUUGAAUAUCCCAAAUUAUUGAGAAUUAACCUCAGGUCACUACGUACUGUACUGUGGGUGCAAUAAAAAGCACAUUUUGAGCUUGAUGUUGUGUUACAAAUGUAUGACAGAAGUUACAGAUUUCAGUUAAAUAAGCCAGAGAAUAAAACAAACAAAUGAAAGGUCAAAGAAAGAAAUAAAUGUGCGUUAAUAUGAACCGUUUUAAAGCACAGGGAAAAAAUAAUCUGUCUCUGAGCGUUAAGCGUAAAAGUAUUUUGCAAAUUUGUAAUAAACUAUGUCAGCAAUUUAAGAUGCAUUUAAUUUUUGAUUGAUAGGUUGAUUCUUUUUUUUUUUUUUUUUAACAUAAAUGAAUAAGUGCACAUUGCAAGUUCCAAGAGCCGAAGGUGACGUUUUUAAAUUGUUGUUUUCCAGCAGCGUCAAACCCAAAGAUAUUUAAUUGAAACUGUCAGACAAAGAAAAGCAGAAAAUCCCUCACGUUUAAGAAGCUGGCACCAGAAAAUGUCUGGCAUUUUUGCUUGACGAAUUAGUAAAAUGUUAAUUAUCAAAUGGUCAAUUCAUUUUCAGUUGAUCAACCCAUCAAUUUAUUGUUUCAGCAUCACAUUUGACCUUUGUUGUUGCUACAAUGUUGUACGUGCGCUUUGAAAUGUAAUGUAGGAAACUGCUCACAUCAAAUGCCACUAACGGUCUCUGUUAAAUACUAGAAACUGAAAUCAUUGUGUGUCUCAUAAAUAUUUCACAUAAUUACGAUCAAGAGAAGAAAAACUGGCAACGCCCACAGAAUUAAUUAAUUUUCUUUUUUACUUGUUAAAUAAAUAAGCACAAUGGCACAAAGACUGCCUCUAUCUCUUUUAAAGAUAACACUUGGGGCAGUGGUGGCCUAAAGGUUAGAGAAGCGAGCUUUCCCCACCCAGAUUUAUUUGUCUCAAUCCCUUGGACCAGCAGAAGAAAUCUGGAUGGGGAAAGUGACCCUCCCUCAUUACCACCACUGAGGUGCCCUUGAGCAAGGCCCUUAACCACAACUGCUGCAGUGGAGCUGCUCAGUGGCCAGUACCAGAUCAGACUGGUUGUACUGGACAGCUUCCAGGUGUGAAUGUGUAACUGAGUAAAUGUGAUCUCAGUUAAACUACCCCAUUUUUCGUUUUAUAAAUGGAGGUUUGCAUUACAUGUUUAUCUUUUUAUAAUUUUAAAGCUGUUUACAUACUUUGUUUUCCCUUGUUUUCCCCUUUUGCUGAUUGAUUUCAUUUUAAUAAUACCUGUUGUGUUAAAAUGGCUUUAAACUAUUUGCACUCUGACAUGACAGUUUACAUUUAACAGUAUGGUGUCCUUCUUAGGUUUAUGCAAAUAUAUAAAAUUUGAAGGUGCAUUUUACAACUUAUAAAGUUACAAUAAACAUUAGAAACCAGUUCAGUUCGAGCAUGUCCUUCCUUGUUUCAUUUGGAUGAAAUUACUGGGAGGAAAUGGUUUGACAUUUCUAAACACAAGUUGCAGUGAAAUGUUUUGAAUAAAUGCUCUGUUACAGCUUUUCAUGUUAACAAACUGUUCUCUGUACAUUUUACCGAGAUUUCAGGGUGUAACUCCCAACUUGAAUACUCUGUGUGAUCUAGUUGUGGAUGUUAUUCAUAUGAGACAAAACAAAUAAAUCACUACUAUGAGAAGGGU